UCAAAUCCGAUGUAAACAGAAUUUACGCGGGAAAGUCUGCGAGCCGGAGAAUUGUAAACAAAGAAGCAGAAGACUUUUAGAUAAUGCAGUUUUAUAACUAAUUAAACGUUGAAACAAUGGAAAACUUCCAAAAGAUAGAAAAAAUUGGUGAAGGAACAUACGGCGUUGUGUACAAGGCCCGAGAUAAGUUAAGCGGACGACUGGUUGCAUUGAAAAAAAUCCGCUUGGAUGCUGAUUCUGAAGGUGUCCCAAGUACCGCUAUUCGUGAAAUAUCACUUCUAAAAGAAUUGGACCAUGUCAAUAUUGUUAGGUUGCUGGAUGUAGUGCACAGUGAGAAGAAGCUGUAUUUGGUAUUUGAGUAUCUACACCAGGACCUUAAGAAAUACAUAGAUAGUUGCCCUACUGGGUUAGGAGAAACUCUAAUAAAGAGUUACUUACACCAGCUGUUGCUGGGAAUCGCUUAUUGCCAUGGUCACCGUGUUUUACAUAGAGAUAUAAAACCACAGAAUCUUCUAAUAGAUGUGCAAGGAAAUAUCAAGCUAGCAGAUUUUGGUCUAGCCAGAGCUUUUGGGGUACCAGUUCGUACAUACACACAUGAGGUAGUUACAUUAUGGUACAGAGCUCCAGAGAUCUUGCUUGGUAGUAAGUUUUAUUCCACCCCAGUGGACAUAUGGAGCCUUGGGUGUAUUUUUGCAGAAAUGAUAAAAAAGAAGCCUCUUUUCCCAGGAGAUUCUGAAAUUGACCAGCUCUUCAGAAUAUUCAGAACUCUUGGAACCCCAGAUGAGACAGUUUGGCCUAAUGUUACCCAGUUACCAGACUUUAAAUCAUCUUUCCCUAAAUGGCCAAUACAGUCUGUGGCCAAUGUUUUACCUCAUCUCUGCCCAGAGGGCAUUGACCUGAUCACUAAAAUGAUGAAAUAUGAGCCAAGCCAGAGAAUUUCUGCCAAAACAGCAUUGGGGCACAGUUACUUCAGUGAAUUGAUUGGCAGAAAUAGACCUGCCCCAAUUAUUAAGUAGAACAGUUAUCUAGAAAGAUUAGAGUGCCUUCUUUUUCUGCUGCCGUACAUGUAGUGCCACAGAGAGCUGCUGUUUGCUGAAUCAGAAUCCCUUUAACUGAUGUGUUCUUACAGAUAACAAUGUGCCAGGGAUUAGCUUCAUUUCUAGCAUAGAUCUAGCUGUAUGUUAUAUAUAGGCGCUAUGGCCACUCUGCAGGUUAAAAGCUAUACAAACAAAAAGCAAACAUAACAUUUUUUAUUAUAGCAUAUACAUGUAUUGUACAUAAUAUCAUAGUCCUAGCUGGCUGUGUGUAAUUUUAUGAAGUACAGUGGAUAUUAACAUGACAUAGUGGUUUUUUCCAUAAAACAGUGUCAUAUACUACAUGGAUGUUCAAAAAACCUUGCCCCUACUUUACAAUUUCACUGUUAAUAAUAACACAAAACAAUGCUGUAAAUUGAAAUUUUACCUUCAUAUAGAAAUUGUUGUUAAUUGGUAAAAUUUGAAUCUGUGUUUUAUUUGUCAGGACAUUUGAAGUAUUUUACAUCAUCUAGCAUUGUCAUUUUUUUAGAAGCCUUAAUUGUAAGUAAUGUGAAAACUGCUGAUAAGACGGGAAUUCAUAUUAUUUGUAGCAUUUUUCUCUUGUUGAGGUUUAUGGUGCAGUCUAGAGUUUAGAGAUGUGAUAUGUUAUAAACAUGUACUGCUAUUGUUAUUUUACUAUUUAAUGUAUUUCUCUAUUUAAUUUGUUGUUUAUGUAUUAAUUUUAAAAGAAACUUUUAACACUUGCAUAGCAUUACCUACUGUAGAAGAAUAUUAUAUAUAUUUUUUUUUUGGUUAUUUAAAUUUUUCAAUCAUAGAUCUGCAGUGUACAUUCAUUAAAAAAUAUUGCUAUAAACUGCUUGUAAAUUAGUUUGGGCGAAUGAGUAUAGAAAUUCAUUGCCACAUAAGUCAGCCAUUAAAAUUUGGCUUGAGACUGAAGUCAUGUCAUUUAAUAAUGAGAACCUCUUUUGUUAAGUGUUUGACUGAAUCAUUUCAACAUUACCAAUAUUUUCUUAGAACAUUAAGGUUUUAUUGUAUUAAAGCUGUAUAACUUAUCUAUGGAAAAUCAGUCAUAAAUUCUACAGAGGUGUUCCUAUUAUAGCUUGAGAUUUUCAACCAAUUUGAAUGUUGCUUUAUAAUUUUAAAGUGAUUUUGACAAAAUCCAGCUAAUAAGUUGAUCAUGCCCAGAUUCAUUUUUAAAUGAAAAUUACCUGAUUUAAUUUCUAAAGUGACCGUUAUAUAGAAAAUAGUGUUUACAAAACGUCUUACUGACAGGAGAUCAACAGGUUAUUUUGUGAUUUACACAAUUAUGUUGCCUUUGAUUAGAAGAAAUUUUUAAUCGUUUUGUCUCACUGCAGUCUGUAGAACAAAUUAGCUCAUUAGCAUCACAUAUGAUGGUAGACAAUUUCUAAUCUCGGGGUAUAAUAACUCUUUCCAUGGACCAUCUUCACAUUGGUCAAAGUUAACCUAAAUUUUUCUGACAAAAGUGUCGAGGAGAACAGUAUAAUCUGAACUAAUUUAAAUAAUGGAAACUUUAGAUGAUUGUACACUCAGCUUAGUUUUGAAAUAGGGCAAACCAUUUGAUUUUAGACAAUUUAAACUAUUAAUCUUUUACUGAAAAUUUCUGUAUUUUUUUCUGUCGUUUCUGUUUUUGUUGUUGUUACAUGUUGAGCAGAGUAUGGUCAUAUGAAGUCAUGUUUUUCAGGGUCUUUUCCAUAUAUAGGCAAAUAACUUGUAUUUGAGCAAGCAGGUAGUAAAAUGUUGAUGAUGGUCCUGUUGUCGUAGAAACAAUCCCUUAAAUUUAUAGUAUUUCUUGUAUAAGGUCUAAAUAUGUUGAUAGAAAAGCUAUAAGCCAAAAAAAAAAAUAUGUAAAAAGUUUAAUUUGAUUCUUUGCAAAUAGUAGCUAUGUUUGUUAUUUUAAAUGUUUUUAUCUUCCUUUAGUUUUAGUUCUACUUUUAAGUAAGUUUUCAUUCACGAUUGUUUUGAAGAGAAAAAAAUAGAUAUAAUGAAACUAAUCUUUUCAAUAUUUUGAUGAAUAAUUAAGGUUAAAUACAAAAUUUGAGGUUUAAAAAGUUCAAAAGGUGUUCAAAUUUGAAAAUACCACAUUGUGUUCAAAUAAGAAUAAAGUGUUCAACAGUUUUAUUUCAAUUACAUGUAUCUAUGUUUUUAUAAUUUGUGUAAUUUUAUAUUAAAAAUGGUCUAUGUGCAAGCUAUAA